AUGGUCAGUUCCUUCCUGCUGAAAAAGGGCGGCUCGGUGGUCGGCCUGCGUAGGAAUUGGAAGCGACGCUGGUUCCUGCUCGAGAACGACACGUGCGAGCUCCACUACUACGCGGACCCCUCUUUGAUGGAUCAGAAGGGCACCGUGCGGCUCUCCGCGAAAUCGUCGGUGCGCGUGCCCGAGACAGUGAGCAUGCGCGGCCGCCACCGGCCGAAGCCGGGCGAGGCGACGCACUAUUUUGAACUCUGGGACGUCCAAGAUGCUCAUGGUAGAUCAAGGAAAACUUUCAAGGUCCGAGCGGAGUCUCCUAGAGAUUUUGCCAACUGGCUCGAAGCUUUGGAUGCGUGCCUCCGCCGGUUGCGGGGCGACGCGGAGGCCAUGUCGCGGUCCUCGAACGAGGCCUGGGCCGCGCCUCACACUCCACGCAGUUCAGGCGGGAGGCAGGAGAGCGUGUCUUCAAUUGAUGAUGAUGACUACCCCGCGGUGCGCGCGUCGAUGGCGUCGCAGCGGACGCGGCCUUCUGUAAGGGCAGCAUCACCACCGAUGCCCGCCACAUUGCCGUUAGCGCCCCAUCCGGCGACCGUGGAAACACCUAGAUCAGAAACUCAUGACAUCGACGCCAUCCUGAGCCACAGCGAAACCUCAAAACGCGAGAAGAUCAUGGCCAUCAACCGACUCGCGAUUCCCGGUCCGCUGAAGAUGGCCGGAAUCCGCGCGGCGACCAACGGUGUAAAAGCUCUGGCGCCGCGGCCGCCUCCAGCGCCGUCCGACCCGUCUCUGCCAAAGAAGCGGGACGAUUUGCGCGGGCUCAUCGCGUCGACAGACGCCUGCGCGCUGGAAGCGGCCGUCGACGCCGUGAUCGGCGCGGGCGCCGACUACGACGACGAUUUACUGAUAGCAGCACGUACUAGAGUAGACUUCCUCGUGAAGACGGACGACGCGCGCGCGGAGCUGGAAAAGGCCCUGGCGGCCUGCAGCGACGACGCGUCGGCUCUAGGCGACGCGGCCGCGCGCGCGGUCGCCGGCGGCCUCGAUCCGGAGGAGCCGCUCGUGGCGUCCUGCCGGAGGCGCCUUGGGGAGCUGUUGGCGCGCGACGACGACCCGCCGCAGCCGCCGCCGCGGUAG